CCAGCCUCUUUGGUCCACCACUACACUUCUCUUCUUCUAUUUGCCCUUUAUAAUCUUUGAUCCAUUUCAUUCAAUCAUUCUUCUCAAUUUCAUCAUCAAUGGCGUCUCCCCCCGACACCAGCAAAACCGUUAAGCUCGAACGCUACAACAGUUACGUUCGUCGACUUCACUUGACCAAGCUCUUGCAUUCCUCUUCUAAACUCUUCUUUCGAGCCACCAUUCUUAUUGCACUCGUUCUUAUUUUCUUCCUCACUUUAAAUCAUCCCCCGCUUUUCGAUAAUUCUCCUCCUCACCACCACCGUCACGCUCUUCUCUCCACUUCUUUAUUCUCCUCCAUCGGCGGCGGCGCCUCCUGGGAGAAGCAGCUCCGCCACUCUGCCACUCCCCGCCGCUCCAAUGGCUUCACUGUGUUGGUAACAGGAGCUUCCGGGUUCGUUGGAUCCCAUUGCUCUCUCGCGUUGAAGAAGCGCGGCGAUGGCGUUCUUGGAUUGGAUAACUUCAACGAUUAUUAUGAUCCGACGCUUAAAAGAGACCGGCAAAAGUUUCUUCAAAAGCAUCAGAUUUUCAUUGUAGAAGGAGACUUGAACGAUACGCCGUUGUUGAAUAAGCUUUUCGACGUUGUACCUUUCACUCACGUACUACACCUCGCAGCUCAAGCUGGAGUGCGUUAUGCCAUGAAGAACCCGCAGUCUUACGUGGCGUCCAACGUGGCCGGAUUCAUCAACCUUCUAGAAGUAUGCAAAUCCGCCAAUCCUCAGCCGUCGAUUGUGUGGGCUUCAUCAAGCUCAGUGUACGGCCUCAACACUGAAGUUCCAUUUUCUGAAUCUGAUAGAACCGACCAGCCCGCAAGUCUCUACGCAGCAACCAAGAAGGCGGGAGAAGAAAUUGCCCACACUUAUAACCAUAUUUACGGUCUUGCCCUUACCGGGUUAAGAUUCUUUACGGUAUACGGGCCAUGGGGAAGACCCGACAUGGCGUAUUUCUUCUUCACAAAAGACAUACUACAAGGCAAAGCAAUUGACGUGUAUAAAACCCAGGAUGACAAAGAGGUGGCGCGUGACUUCACGUACAUUGACGAUGUCGUGAAAGGGUGUCUCGGCGCACUUGACACGGCGGAGAAGAGUACCGGGAGUGGUGGGAAAAAGAAAGGGCCGGCGCAGCUGAGAGUGUACAAUCUGGGAAACACGUCGCCGGUUCCGGUGGGGAGAUUGGUUUCGAUUUUGGAGAAUUUAUUAAACACAAAAGCGAAGAAGCAUGUGAUCAGAAUGCCGAGAAAUGGCGAUGUGCCAUACACGCAUGCAAAUGUGAGCUUGGCGUAUAAGGAUUUCGGGUACAAGCCGGCCACGGAUCUGGCCUCAGGAUUGAGGAAAUUCGUAAAGUGGUAUGUUAGUUAUUACGGGAUUCAACCGAGGGUAAAAAAAGAAACCAGGUUCAAUAACGCGCAUUCCGAGGAGUCCAGUUGAAGUCAUUAAACUUGGUGGUAUCUUCUGAUCUUCAUCAGCAAAGUUUUUUUUUUUUUAAAUUAAAUUAUUUAUGUUGAAUUAAAUUUUGUGUUGAUGGAAUUAUUGCUGUGGUCCUUUUGUUGAAGAUGUAGCAUAAUAGAGACAUAGAUUUGAUAUAGAAGAAGACAAAAUAUAAGAGAAAUGAAGGUGUAGAUGUUAUGUAAUAAUAUGGCUGGGGCCUGCUAGAAUGGGUGCAGGUCUUAGCCGUUUGAUUCAUAUAAUUAAUUAGAAAAUAUAUAUAUUUUGUAAUGAACAGCCAUGAUGACAUGAGUGGAUCAAUCAA